CAUUACAUAAAAAUUAAUAAUAGGUCUUUGGUUUUCUAACCUUCACGGCUUCAGCCUUUUUAGUUCAGGCUUUUCUUAGCUCGUAGAUCUACAACAGUUACUGUCACGUUGUGUUGCGCUUCGUUACAGUGUAUCGCUGUGAGGAAGUCCGUGGAUCCCCGGAUCAUGGCCUGUGAUGCGCAGUUGCUGUGACCACUCGCUAGGCCCGGCUGGUGUAGAUAUAGAACUAAUUACUUAGAAGAAGGUCCACGAUUGACAGAGCGUCAUUGCCUGUGCUGAUGUUGUUUAUGUCCUUUCUUGGACAAGUAAGCAAGCCUGUCCCGGACUGAGUGCCGUGGGUGCUGAUCCAGUAGGCAUUUGCCAUAGCUAUUACAGUGGCUCUCCUCUGCCAUUGACCAUGUCGUUCCUAAAAUAUCGUAAGCCAAGCUACCGGAGCGGUACCUACUGGUCGGCGAGGAGUCGUGAUCGAGAUGCCAUGCACCAGGUUCGAGUGAAUGACAGAGAAGAGUUCCUGCAUCAUGUGCCACGCUUGCUCAUGGCAAUCUUUGACCAGUUAGAACAGGAUCCGUCGGAGCUGACGUACCAGUCUCCAUGGUCUCUUCUCAACUUCGUAUUCCGUUCGUCCGGUGUCGAUCCGGACACAAUGAUGCCUCGAGAGCAACCUAAAACCGGUCUUCCCGUUUGCAGUGGUACCCUGAUUUGGCAUGCAGCAAACAGCCUGAGGACCGACCUGCUGGAAUACUGCUUGAAAGUGGGUGCUAACCCUAGCGUGCCGUCUGAGUAUGAUGGCAGCACAGCUAUACACCAAGCCGUUAUUACCGGGGCCGAACUGAUGCUCCCCAAGCAGACUUCUGAGAAGGUUCUGUCAAAGACGGCGUCCAUGAGAGAAAAGGCAUGGGAAGACUAUCUGGAGUUUCUAGACCGGCUGCUGUCGGCAGGUGUGGAUAUAAAUGAAACUGAUCAACGGGGCUGGACGCCACUCAUGUACCUCUGCUCCGGUGUUAGACCGAUGACUGACAACAGCCACAAGUGCACAUACCUACAUGACAGUAUCAGCCGGCAUUUCACCAAGGAGUUACGGCGGCUGGAAGUCCUUCAUAAUCUGUUACGCCGGGGUGCGCAGGUUGAUAGGCUCAGUGCUACAGGAGAGAGUGCUGUUUCGCUGGCCGCUAAGUCCGGCCAAUCUGCUGUGUUUAAGAUCCUGUGUGCAGAGCAACCUGAUGCUGUGCGUAAAUUGGCACAUCUGCGAGACAUGGAUGGUCUGUUUCCCGUACAUCACGCGGCCCGUUCCCGGAGUGUUUCAUUGCUGCACAAGCUUCUUGAGUUUGUACCGAAUGGGCACGUCUUGGACAGUCAGGGUCUGCCUGCAGCCAGUCAUAUCAUUCGAAACCUGGACGACACGUGUCGGUUUGCUCGAUCCGAAGAACUGCGGCUGCUUGGGGCUUUUCCCCACCGCGGCUUCAGCUUCCGCGAUCAGACGGUUAUUUUCCAUGAUGCUGUGCGCUCACAGGACACCGCCGUCCUAGCAGCAGUGCUAGAAGGUGGCUACGAGAUAGAUGUCAGCUCACCCACCAGCCACCGUAUCCUUCUCGAGUGCUGCGCGUCUAAUAAUCACGUGGACAUCUUCGAGGAUCUGCUGAUGUCAGCCCAGUGGCCCAGUGACCUGUUGUGUGAUGCAUGGCUGAUGUAUGUUGCCAUGACUGACCCGACCUACAGCUUUCUCGCUCUCCGCAGGAGGUCUCGCGAUACUGUAGAAAGUCGCUGGGAGAACGCUGUGCGACAUGGAGUGAAGACACACGCGUUUCCGCAACGUGCAACACCUCACAGCAAUGCGAAAGAAGUGAAGAAAAGGCUGACGAUGUUCGGACGACCAUGUGUGGAAAGGAAAACCUGGGACGAACUGCUCACGCUGUUCGGCCCUAAACAAAAGCACGAAACAAGUGAGACAGGCGGCUUCAAGUACGGAUGUGAGAGAAUAUACCAACUCUUUUGCAACCGGCUGGCUUGCGUCUACCGCAAUCUUGGCUUUAACAGCAGCCUUUUCGUCUCCACUUGCCGUCGAAUGUCAAUGUGGGCUCUUGAUAAGCGAAGCCGUUGUGAGAUACGUCGGUUUGCCUUUCGGUUGCGCGAUCCUGCCCAGGUCGAUAAAGUACCAACAGAGUUCACACAGAAUGAACUGGUGGAAUUGGACUGUGUGUACGCAUCCCAGGUGGAGGCUGACAUUGGUCUGAGCAUCAACUUCACGUCGUUCGACACCAAGUACCUUGGCAAAGCUGUGGAUGAGUUUUUCGCUGAAGCUCUAGGCUAUGUCGAGUACGUUGGUUACCAUGAGUGUGUCACGGAAAUGAGAGAAGUGGACUUCUGCUUGUUGGCACGCUGGUCAGUUCACGUCAUGCAAUGUCUGCCGAUUGACCAUCCACUGCAGACAACGAUUCUGGAAAGGGUGUCGGCGCUCUUGAUUGAAAUGUCUGUUUACUCUCAAGUUGACGACGAGCAUAUCCAGUAUGCAAACUCACCACUGUGUCUUACGUUCAGCCCUGCCCUCGCGUCCAGACGGAGGCUACCCCACUUGCCGCGAUUCCGAAAAUACGCUCGCCGAGUUCAUGUGUAUCUGAUUGAGUUUUGCGCCGAGCUUGCUGAUGCGUACAGGAAAGGUCACCGCAGAGGCCUUUCUACCGUUCUGCACUACUUCGCAACAGAACGCCGGUCAGAAUCAGGUAAUGAAGAAUGGGAGGAGUUUGUCAACUUGCAGAUGCGCCUUCCAGCGUUUGAGGCUUUCGCGAUAGGUGGUUUUGACAUGCACCUGCGAAAUGCUGCGGGAGUGACUGUCAUAGGUCACUUUCUGGAUGGUCAUACAACCCAACUGAACGCUAAUAUUCCACGCAUCCAUGACAUGUGGAAGCUCUGGCCACUCAUCUUUGACCUGUGGCAAUCGUAUGGUCUGGGAGUUCAUUGGGAUACGCCAUUCUCGUUCAAGGAGACUCUGCUGCAGCAUGCCAAGCACCAUGUCCAGAAGGGCACCAGGUUUGUGUCUCAGCCUGGCUCUCGACCGCUACCGACUGUUUUACCUCUGCAAUGUUUGGCAGCCCGUGCUAUCACAAAGUUACCCGGCUGUCCUUGCACCUCUCUGCCACCUCCUAUGCAGAAGUUUGUUGAGCUCCACCAAGUGCCGAAUCGUACGAGUACGAUUCCUUUGGCGACGCCAGCCAUUGAGUCUAAUCAUGACCGUGAUCUGGAUAGAGAGGCUUCUCCCAGGUUCCGGAGAUCUGAAGUGUGGGUAAGAUGAGCACACGUCGCACUGCUUUUGAUCACAGCAUGCUUGAUUGCUCAUGUUGACUUGAAGUACUGGUACUAGCCUGAGCUACCAUAAAAAUUCUGGUCAUGGUUGUAUGGUUUGCAACUUGAGCGCACCUAGCUAUUUGUCAGUGACAUACUAUUCUUAGCUUUGUAUUUCGAAAUUAUAGGUACCUGGCUGUGGCUUAGAAUCACUUCCACAGAUUUGACACUGCUGAUAAUUAUUGCAGGAAGACGACAUUCAUGUCAGCCUGGUCCAUUGUAUAGCAGUAGCUGUUUAUCGCUGCCCAUCAGCAUAGUACUUUGAAUUGUUUGACCACUACAUGCACGAUAACUUUGAGACUGUUCAUGGUAAUGUAUGCACACUGAUAUUUACGCUGCAGAGAUUACGCGCACUGCACUUACUUUUCAGUUUUAGCCCAGAAUAGCGGCGUGUACGGAAGUUUCAACCAGGGAGUAAUGCAAUACCGGUACUGUACUACUCCCUGGUUGCAACGUACGGUUGA